GCUGCCGGGAGCAUGGCUGGUGGUUUAGUUUUGCUCGCUGCCGUAACCCUUCUCUCCGCCAUCCAGCAAUGCCAUUUUGUUUGGCUGGUGGGACAAUCAAGGAGGAAACACAAGGUGAUGCCCCCAGCUGUCACUGGAGCUCCAGAAUUUGAGAGAACAUUUCGUGCGCAACAAAACUGUACAGAGUUUUAUCCACUAUUCCUGUCUACCCUCUGGAUUGCAGGAAGUUUUUUUAACCAAGAAUUAGCUGCCCUUCUGGGUCUGCUGUACGUGUAUGCCCGCUACAAGUACUUCUAUGGCUAUGUGGCAUCUGCAAAAGGGAGGUUAGCAGGCUUUCAUUUGAAUUUGGUAGCUCUAAUCUUCUUGGUAAUCCUGGGUGCAGCUGGGAUUGUCAACAGCUUUCUGGAUGAAUACCUGGACUUCAGCAUUAGGAAGAAAUUACAUAAAUUGUUUUGAAGAUUGUUUUUACUCUUA